AUGCUCACUACCAGUACUAGUCCCCUUCUUCAUCUAGCCUUGGCCCUGGCUGCUGCCACCACUAGCACCGUCCACGCAGCCAGCCACCGCAUCGACGUGGGCCGGGGGGGCCUGACAUUCACGCCAGACACGAUCACCGCCGCCGUCGGGGACACGGUCGACUUCUACUUUGUCGGCGGCACGCACGACGCCGUGACGAGCGAGUAUGCCACGCCCUGCAGCCCGCGGGCGAGCGGCGAGCGGUUUUCGUCUGGUGUCCAAGCUGGGUCGGCGAAUAAUAAAAAUGUCUUCAGAGUCACCAUCAACUCGACCGAGCCCAUGUACUACUACUGCUCGGUCGGCAUGCACUGCGCCAACGGCAUGGUGGCCGCCAUCAACCCCCUCGCCAACCAGACCGUGGCUGAUCUCAAGACGUCGGCUCGCGGGAAGUCGGCGGGGAAGCCAACCGGUGUUUAUGGUGGUGUCAUGACGACUGUCCCGUAG